UCAGCAUUGCCAACGUGGAAAGCCUGUCACCAAACCAGGAAGUCAACCGUAGUGUUGAUCUGUUGAGUUCAACACCAGAACUGAGAACAUAAGAAAACCAACUCCUCGGCCUUUUUUCAAGGAAGCUCAAUGACGGGACUGGGCAAAAUUUCUUUGCCUUAGCCUUCUCCUUUCGUCUCAGAUAUUGGGAAGGUUUUAGUCACUGGAGUCGGUGAAGCACAUACGCGCACCUACUUCAUAAAAAGAUGGUGGACACCCCACUGGCUCAAGUUGGCAAGAAUUUGACUGAAGCCAUGAGGAUCUUGGGAGAUGGACAACAGGUGCUGGAGGAAAGAACCGAGGGCUCGCUCUUCAGUAGGACCAGCAUACCUGGCCCAUUGCAGGCAGACGGUCAGGAUGUUGCCACCAUACUACGCCUUGUUCACAGCCUAAUUCAUGAAGAAGAAGAAGAGGGAGAUAAAAAUCCAAAGCCACACAGGAUGCAGAAUGUUGGUGAACAGGGUCACAUGGCACUACUGGGUCAUAGUCUGGCAGCAUACAUCUCUGUGCUGAAAAGAGAGCGACUGCGGAAGCUAACCACUCGAAUCAUGUCUGAUACUACAUUGUGGCUUUGCAGACUGUUCAGAUAUGAGAAUGGUUCCGCAUACUUCCAUGAAGAUGACAGAGAAGGUGUGGUCAAAGUAUUUCGACUGGUCAUCAAUGCCAACUAUGACGAUUAUGCUUCUGAGGGCUAUGCUGUCCUCACCUCAAAGCAGCCAGUUAUCUACCAGAGUGCAUCAGGCAGACCUGAGCUGGGACCGCAUCUGUGCAACCAGCUUGGCCUGCCUCUCUCCAGUUUGUGCACAGUCCCAUGCAACACCCUCUUUGGAUCACAGCAUCAAAUGGAUAUUGCGCUGUUGGAGAAUCUAGUUAAAGAAGACAUAGAAAGCGGAAAGCUUCCUUUAUUGUUAAUCGCUAAUGCAGGUACUCCUGGGGCGGGUCAUACUGAUAAGUUGGGGCGCCUUAGGGACUUGUGUGAUCAGUACAAAAUGUGGCUUCAUGUGGAGGGAGUAAACCUGGCGACACUGGUGCUGGGUGAGGCCACAUCUGCAGUUAUGGCAGCAACCAGAAGUGACAGUAUGACGCUCACGCCAGGUUCUUGGUUGGGACUGCCUGCUGUAACUGCUGUCACUCUCUAUAGACACGAAGACCCAGCACUGUCUCUGGCUGCUGGUCUGACGUCAAGUCAGCCUGUAGAGAAGCUGCGAGCAUUACCCCUUUGGUUGUCUUUGCAGCACCUUGGCAACAGUGGCAUCAUCCAAAAAAUAAGACAUGCCACCCUGCUGAGUCAACAAUUGCUACAGCAGCUCAAAACCAUGAGCUCCAUCAAAACAUCGGUGGAAGAUGAAAUCAACUCUCCUGUGGUGCUGCUCAAAUUUUCUCACAAAAUGAAUGAAGUAUCCAGCAGUGGAUCAGUGGACGCUUACUGUGCUGGGGAGAAGGAUUUACUUGAUGUCUUCAAUAGAUGGCUUGGCGAUCAGCUCGCUCAGAUGGUUCCUGCCAGCGGUGUUGAUGUUGUGGAGCUUGAAGACGAAGGCACCUGGGUCCGUUUCAAUCCGCUCCUGACAGCUUCAGAUUUGGAGACUCAAUCUGAAGAUGUUGACAACUUGGUUAAGAAAUUGUUAGAGUUGAUGCCUUUGAUGACCUCCACAAUGUCCUUCAGACAAGACUUUAAAGAGGAGCUUCGCAAGCACUCACCCUACCUCAGAUACAUAGAAGAACUCAGCUGGCCAGGCCUAGGAGCUGUCCGAUUCGAGCCUCAAGUGGAGGGAAUUGAUGAUAGCAGGAGAGAAAAGGAAAUUAAGAAAAUAAACACUGAACUGCUGAAGAAACUACAAGAGCUAGACACUGACAUUAUCUUCACUGGUCUGGAGUUUGGCAGCGAGAAGGACUGCAUCUUUAUAAGCAUGGUAGCUGAUGACGUUGAUGUUUCAGAGCUAGUCGAAACGAUAGCAGCGCUGGGGCGCGACAUUGAGGAGAAUGGAAGGCUACUGGAGAACAUGACAGAAGUGGUGAGAAAAGGCAUUCGAGAGGCAGAGCUGGAACUACUUAAAGCCAAUGAUGAGCGACUCAUGGAGGAGGGCAUGCUGAGACAACUACCUUUGGUUGGCUCUGUUUUAAACUGGUUUUCUCCUGUUGAAACCUCAAUUAAAGGGAGGACAUUCAACCUGGCAGCAGGGUCCUUGGACUCAACAGAGGUGACAUACUCCACCAAAGCCCAGGCAGGCAGACCGGCCUUGAAAGACUCUCCCAUCUUGUCAUCCGAGAGACUGCAAGGCCAGAAGUUGUUUCGGCGCUCGGGUGCAGCAUCUGAGUCCUUCAGUGAAUACAGCUCAAUUGGACAGUCUGAGGAGUCAAUCGGCAUUCACCCAUCCAUCACCAUAAAUGUAACAGAGGAGGACUCUGUAUGUCAACUCAAUCCAAAAGAAAAACAGGAUUCUGGUCUGGAAAAUCAGUAUGAGCAGGUGAAAGAUGAAGCAUUCUUGGAAGAGCGGAAGCUUGAAGGCCAAGAGGACCAGACAGCCCCAUAAUGGUACCAGCCUAACUGAUUAACAAGACGUGUAAUACGUAAAUUAUACAUUUAACCGGUAAAGCGUGAAGUAGCUGGGUCUAAUUCUCUUUUUUUUUUAAAGAGCUUCUGUCCUAUAAGGUUAAAAUGGAAAUUGUAUCACUGUGAUGUUCUUUUCUACUCCCUCUUGCUUUACCAGUGGGUGCAUUGAAUUUAUAUUUGCAAACAAUUUUGGUUUAAUCUGUCAAGAUGAAUACAGAUGUGCAUCCAUCUGUUUAUCAAACACAUUCCAAGAAAACCACAAUGUCCCAUAACUGGUGAGCUACUGUUUGUAUAUCCAUCCAUCCUUCCAUCGAGCAAUUUAUCACUCCAUCCAUAUUCUAUUCUGUUUAUCCACCCUAGAUUGGUUGCCAUUCAGUCAAAGAAAACAUAAAGAACUUUUCACAUUUACGUUA